AAAAAUGGUGUAUCAAAGGUAAAAUUUAAGCUUAGAUGUUCAAGAUAUUUGUACACUUUUGUAAUUGAAGAUGUAGAGAAAGCAGAAAAAUUACAAAAAUCUCUUCCGCCUGGUAAAAAUUUUAUUCGCAUAUUUUCUAUUUAG